GAGGUAGGAAUCAGUGCAGCUGAGUCUGACCGGCAGUCGGGACGUGUGGAGGGAAGGCGCUUACCAAAUUCUCUCAUGAGAGAAGUCGGCUGACGGAUUAGCUUGUUUGUUCCUCUUCGUUUCUUUUUUUAUCUCUUCAUUUCCCCCCCCCCCCCCUCUCCCCACAUCGCGAACGUGUUUCAUUGAUUUUUUUUUUUUGUUUUUGUUUUUUUUGUUUUUGUUUUUGUUUUUGUUUUUUUUUAAGGCUGAAGAAGUGUCUCGGAAGUUUUCCGACAUGAACACCGGGCCGGCUGUCGGGAAAUUCUGUAUGCUGCUGGCGACACUGCUCCUCCUCGCGAGCUCGCCUUGUCGAGCGGCCGAGCAGCCACCCGCAGCCCAGUGGUCCGCCGCGACAGAGGGCGACUUCAGGAACGGCACCCUUCUGCGCCGCCACAGGACCUGCGUGGAGAACCAGCAGUACCACUACCAAGGCCUCUGCUGCCUCAACUGCCAGGCCGGGACGUUUGUGCAGAAGGAGUGCGAGCACGAUCACCAGCAGGGGGUGUGCGCUCCCUGCGAACAUGGACUCACGUACACGGAACAUUCCAACGGCAUGUACCGAUGUCUGCACUGCACGCACUGUCGACAAGACGAGAUGGAGACGGCGUCCUGCACCACCACGUCAGACACCAGGUGUCAGUGCCGAGCCGGAACCUUCUGCGUGCCCGAUCAGGCCUGCGAGGUCUGCAAACGCUGCGCCAAGUGUAAAGCGGGCGAGGAGGAGGUAAAGAAGUGCACGCACUUUUCCAACACGGUGUGCCAAAAGCGAGGCCCGUCUCCCACCCAGACGCCGCCGGCCCGAAUACCGCCCGCCACGCCCGCCUCGCCGGCAGACAUCGCGGUCCCCGUGGUGAGCUGCCUCUUCCUCCUCCUCGUCGUGACCGCGGGAUUCGCCACGUGGUGGUUCGCCGUUAAGCGCUGCUCCUUCGACGGAACGUGUGCCAAGAGUCACUGCGACACCGGCGAAAUCAUCAAAAUUCCGAUCGACGAGAGCGCCCCCACGGCGGAGGAGUGCCAGAACAGUCGUAACGCCGGCCUGGAGGGCGACGACUUUCGUCCGGAAUCGCGUCCGCUGCUGCAGGAGACUCAGGCGGGCGUGACCAACAACAAGGCGUCGCCGCCCCUGGAAGACGAGGACCGCGGGCUGGGCGACAGCCUACCCAACACCACUAGCUCCUCGCAGACCAGCCUGUCGGCGCUGCCCACCGUCGCCUCGUCCGGGGACAGCCCCCAGCAGAGCCCCGCCACCUGCAGGAUAAGCGCCACCGCCAUGGAGGAUCCUCUGCAACACCGCCUGCUGCCGCUGCAAGAGUCUGAGAAGUCGCUGAAGAAGAGCUUCGACCUCUUCGACAAGUACCUGGAUGUGCGGAUCCACAACAAGUUCUUCCGCAUGAUCGGGGUGAGCGACAACCACAUCCGCCUGGCGGAGAGCGGCGCGGCCGGCGACAAAGUCUACGAGCUGCUCAAGAACUGGAUGCAGCGGCAGGGCCUGAAGGCCGACAUCAACCACCUGCUGCAAGCCCUUCUGGACCUGGACCAGCGACGCUCGGCCGAGAGCAUCGCCUCCGAGGCACUUAGGCGAGGUUACUACAAGCAUGAACGCGCUCCCUGAGGGACCCCGCCGUCGUCUCCUCUUUUGACUUGCCUCAUCUUAUCAAGAGCCAGUAGUUUUUCUUCCAAGCAAUGCUUUUUUUUUUUUUUUUUUUUUUUUUUUUUUUUAAGGGGUAAGUGGAGCUGCUUGGAGGUAAAAAACAGAAGUAGUAGUAGCAUGGAGAAAGAAAGGACUCUGCACAUACUCAGCUCCACAUGCUGGCGAACACAUACACUGGUCUGGCGUUUGCGACGUCGCUAACGCGCCAUCUCUGCCACUGGCUCAAUGUCGUCAUGUUAGCUGUUUGUUUGCCACGAUGAUUUUUUGUUUUUUCUCCCCUCGUCUUUGCACUGCCUCCCACUAAAAAUGUUGUCAUGCUAGUUGUUAGGUUGAUUUAUUUAUUUUUUUUCAUCAAAAUUUUUCAUGCCCAGUGAUGGCAUAAUUAUUUUUUAUUAAUCAAAUUGCAAGCUUUUCCACAAACAAAAUUCUUCUUGUCGGAUUGUUUUUUUGUUUUUUUUUUUAAAUCUGAUUUUUCUUACAGGAUUAAGAAAAAACUAUGAUUUUGGUCUCGUAAAAUUAUUUUUUCUAAGAAAAUUACGACUAUUCGCUUCAGAUUACUUUUUUCUUCUAGCAAGAUUAUAAAAUUUGAUUGUUCUCAUACAAUUGACUUUUCUAAAAAAAAUUACGAUUGUAAGAUUACAAUUUAAAAUUUUUCUUAAAUGCUCUCAUAAGGUGACGACUAUUUUCUACAGAAAAUGUGACUUUAUUCUCCUACGAUUACGAUUUUCCUAUCCAAAAUGUAAACUGUUCUCAUAAAAUGACGACAAAUGGUUUUCUAAAAAAACCACUAUUCUCUUAAUCUAACUUUUUCCACAAAGAAAUUGACUACCAUCAGAUGAAAAAAAAGAACACGUCUUUAUUUUCAUGAAGUCAAAACUUUCUAAUAAGAAUACAACUUUAUGCUUUUAAGAUUACGUGUUCUAUAUAAAAAAAACACGGACACUAUUUGUUCCUGUAAGAUGGAGCACCUUAAUCUAAAGAAACCCCCCACUAUUUUGUAACAUUACAAUUUUUUUGUGAAUUUCUUCUAACAAGAAUAUAUUAUUAUUUUAGACACUUUCCAUCAAAUGUGCGAAGACAACCUUUUUCUUUAAAAUGGAAAAAAAAGAAAAAAUUGACCUACUUGUACUACUCAACUAAACUUACUGAACUGGCCCCUACUGACAUAAUGUAGUCACGCUACUGGUUAUGACAAAUAUUGUUUUUUCCUUUCUUCAAAAAACAUUGCGGGGUGUCUGUUCAUUAAAGCAAUGCUACGCUAAAAUGAAGUCAUAAAUUUUUACCUGACAAAUGGCUGUAAUGUUCACGAAUUUACGACUUUGGCGGCUGCGUGAACUUUUGUCCCUUAUAUAUUUUUAUUUAUUGUCAUUUUUAUCACCAUGCUUAUUUAUACCCUCGCAGCAUCGCCACGCUUUCUCAAAACGCUCUAAUUGCAUUUCAAUUCCAGCAUACACAGGACAUUUUUUUUCCCGAAGUUAUAAAUAUGGAUAAUUAACGCUUGCGUAUCCAUUCUGUAAAAAAGAACACUGAUAUAUUGUAUGUCCCACCCCUCGUGCUUGUGCCAAUGAAACAUAAUUGCCCAGCCGGUUGUUGCUGGGCAGAAUUCAGUUCACGCAAAAAGGACUGGCAAUUUGGGCGGCAGGUACGGAACUUUUUGUCCCGCUUCGCUUUCAUGAAGGAACCCCUUUUUUUCUGAAUUUAAGGCUUUUUUUGUUUGUUUGUUUUUUUGCUUUUUUUAAAAGCUCAACUUUCAAUGUUUUGCCCCGCUUAUUUUUUUAUUUUAUUUUUUUUAAUUUUUGUGUGCGCGUGUGACGGUGCAUGUGCGUGUUUGUACUUGUGUGAGACAGUGUGCGUGUGUUCUACUGUAUCGUGAUGCUCAGUGCUGGCGCUGCCAUCCAGUGGUUGACAGACAAAUUCAUCCUGCUUCAAUUGCAAGGCUUGGUCACGUGACAUUCGUCGUCAUGUGGACUAGUUGUCAUAUCUGUAUCACUUUAUAGACCGUAGGAGAGAAGCAGCGGAAAUUAAUUGAUGUCCAUGUUCCGUUGAUGGAAGAAAUAAAAUUAUAAGUUAUGAGAAGGAUGUUUUUUAUGUACAUUUGGAAUAAAUAUUUUGUACAGAGAUUCACCUUUUGGAUUAUUUGAAUUGUUAUCAAUUCUGUUUCAAUAAACGACUGUUAUAUUA